AUGAAGAGCCCCAAGGAGGAGGCUGACUCGGGUGCCCCGCCCGGCGGCGGCGGCGGCGGCGGCGACGACGUGCCAGCCGGCGCUGCUCCUCCUGAAGUGGCCGCCGCCAGCGUUGAUGCCGCUCUUGCGACCGCCGCUCCUGGUGCUGUGGUUGCCCCCGGCGAACCGGCCGGGCCCGGAUGUUCCCUGCCCUCGGAGAGCUUCGUUUGGACGCCGGAGCUGGAGAUCCUCCUCUUUCGGGCGCUGAAGAAGUACAAGCCGAUUGGCAUCCACAAGCACAUUCGCAUGUUUGCCAUCCACCACUACCUGUCCAGCCGGCUGCUGCUUACGCGGCGUCUGCUGCUGGCGCACCCGCGCUUCGGCGAGGCCGACUCGCCGGCCCCACGGCUGCCCGUCUUUGUUCCCCGGUCGGCCCUCUGGCAUCGGGUGCAGCAGCUGUAUGACCUGGCCGGGCUCGAGCGUCUUGCCGAGGACGAGGCUGCCGUUCAUGAGGAGGCCGAGGCCCGGGCCGAAGCGCGCGAGGACGACCUCCCCGCCGGCAUGUCCGAAGAUGAUGCCUCUGAGGGGGACAUGUCGGGAGUGUCGGAGGACGACGAGUCUGCCUCGGCUCCGGCUCUCCGCGGCCGGCGCGGCGUGGCUGGCCGCCGGGCCUCUUCUACCCGGGGCGGGCGGACCGGACGCGGUGGCCGACGUGCCACCCCGCAGCCGUCCGGCAGUUUGGCCGGCCCGGGCCGCGGCCCGGCCGGCGCCCGGCGACCGGGCACCGGCGGCUCGGCCUCCAACUCGGCUGCCUCCUCGGCCGUCCACUCGCCGCUGGGCCUGCUGGAUGAUCUGGCCUCCAGCGACGGCGGGGCCACUCGUCCGCCAUUCCACCUUUCCUCCGACCAGCCAGUCGACUUUGUCCUCCCUCUGCAGAUCAUUCAGCGGUCGAUAUCCCUCGGCUCGUUACCUGAACACUUCGAAGGCUACACCCCUCGGUCGUCGCCAUCGCCAUCGCAGACCCCCCCAGUCGGGCCCCAUGCGGAGGAUGAUGUUCGCUUGAAGGCCGAGCCUGUUGAUCCCCCCGGGAGCCUCCUGCCCCGGGCCACAUCACCGUCCAUGGGCGCCCUAUCCGACGAGCCCCCCGGCUCUCCGCGCCGGAGUAGCCGCUUUGACCGGCAUCUCGCGUCGAAGGGACGCUCAGGGUCGCCACUCCACUCCGACUUCCAAGAGGACGGCUCCCUCACCCCUCGGCGCACUCGACGCUCAUCUCGCAUUUCUGGCCGCUCCCCCUCGGCCCUGGGUCACCACUCAGACGCCCGUGAAUUGGACCUGCACACGGACGACAGUGAUUUGGCCGGCGGCGACAGCCGCCCAGUGUCCUCCUCUUCGGGGACAUCCUCCUCGGUCUCGGCAUCGGCCUCGCCCUCACGCUCACAGAGCCCCUCAGCUCGCAGCUCCACCCCCUCCUCGCCGGUAUCCAAUGCUCGGCUAUCUAGCCUCCGGUCGAAGCGCCGGCUGUCCGACGCAUCCGACACCCAAGCUCCCGGGUCCCCGGGGGCUGAGGCUGGCGGCGUCUCGCGCCGUCGUAUGACUCGCAGCGACUCGCUCACGGCCGCCGCCGCCCAUGCUCCGGAGCCGAGUUCGCCGCGGACGCGCCGGGGCGCGGCCAUUGCCGCCGCUGCCUCCAUCCAGGCGGAUGCCCUUAGCGACUCGCGCUCCGGGAGACGGGCUCUGCGCAACGCCCAGCAGGAGGACUGAAGUGGCCUGGACGCGUGCCAUGUGUCCGGCGGCAUGCCGCGCGCGCGCGCGCUGGCCUUCCCCGAGCCUCUCCCAUGGCGCGUCGCUGCCGCUCCUGUGUCCAGCACACAAUACACCCAAACCCUUGCAGAUA